GUAGAUUCCGUCCGGUGAUGUCGCGUCGUCGUUUCAGUGCCGCCUCGUCGAGUGGAGUGGCUUAAAAUAUGUUGUUUAGUGGUGGUCAUACGAAACCGUAUGACAACAACUUUGGUCUAUUGGUUGUGCUGCAGCUGAUCUGCUUCUUUGUUCCGUUCAGUUCCGUUGUCCCUGGGGCACGGGGUCAGGCUUUCGUCAGACGCACCUCCAGCGUUUGCCGCGUCGACUCUGAGUGUCCGACGAACGCAUACUGCGAACAUUCCAAUCCGCCGACCGGAUUCGGCAUUUGUUCCUGCCUCCAAGGCCACUUCAUACUCACCCACAACUUUACGCGUGAAUGCAUCCGAUUUGCAACGGCCAUUGGAGACUACUGCCAGUACGAUGACCAGUGCCAGUACGUGCUGAGUACGGAUUCGGAAUGUCGGGCCAAUUCUUGUCAGUGUCGAGAGGGGACGCACUACGUUGAGCGGGAAAGGCGUUGCUACAAGACGAGCUACCUUGGGCAGUACUGUCGACUCACGAAUAACUGCAUCGGGGAUGAUACCUACUGCCGUGACGGCGUUUGUGUAUGCGCCGUUGGGAAGCACUCGAACGCGGCCCGGAACCUUUGCCUGCCGGACGUUUAUCUGGGCGAAAAGUGCUACCGCGAUGAGGAAUGCAUUACGGAACACUCGCAGUGCAACGACGUUUGCCGGUGUCGCGUCAGUCAUAUCCUGAACCGGAAACAAAACCAGUGUCUUCCAAUUGCCGGAAAGCUAUACGAUCUGUGCGAAGAAGAUCUCCAGUGUAUGUACCAGAUUCCAUUUUCUCGAUGCCAGAUCGCGCCGGCACCAAGUGGCGAGAUUGUGGGCAAUUGUACUUGCGCCAACGGUUACCACCAGAUCGGUUAUAAAUGCUACACCACGGUCUAUCUCAACGGCAUCUGCGAAGUGGACGAAAACUGCGCCCUGGAUCCGGAUACCAGCUGCGUGGAGGGUCGUUGCCGUUGCGUGGACCACAUGCUUGAGAUUGACGGAAAGUGUUCUCUGGGCAGCAGAUCUCUACCGAGCCCAUAUGGAGCAGUGAUCCUUGUUGUUUUGUUAUCGAUCAAUGCGAUCGCGUUUUAAGUAAUGUUUAGUUCAGCGAAGACAUUUGUUAGUUUAUUUAUUUAUGGCGCGUAGAAAGACAAAGUUCAAGUAUCGUUGUACGAUAGCAGUAUUUAUUUGUAAGCAGGCAUGUGAUUACCCAAAAAAAACAAUUUUAUGUAAGCACCAACAAAGCGCAGUGUACAUAUCCAAAUAGAAGAAAUAAAAGAUUUACAUCUUAAGCAAGUGAG